AAAUGUCGUUCAGACAUAAGGCUCGGUUGGUUUAAUGGGAGAAAGGCUAGACUUCUUGUGCACGAGGAUACAUUAACGAAUACGCAUGGACAUAUCUGCUGAUAAAUUGUCAAAGAGUCCAAGCAAUGGCCCGGAAUAACAUUUGAAUUGGUUAAGGUAACCAGUGCUGUCUGAAACCUUCCCCAGCACUAGACCGCUUCUGAUUUGAGUGAAGGGGACCAGCGUGUCCUCUCCUUCUGUGGGACUCCCUCAGUGGACAGAACCUCCCCCUUACCCCCAUUCCUCCGCAGACCACCAUGGGCGAAGUAGUCAUUGUGAAGGAGGGAUGGCUUCACAAACGAGGAGAGUACAUAAAGACUUGGAGACCCAGGUAUUUCUUGCUGAAGAGCGACGGUACGUUCAUUGGCUACAAGGAGCGACCGCAAGACAUCGACCAACUGGAGACGCCACUCAAUAACUUCUCAGUAGCACCAGAAUGUCAGCUGAUGAAAACAGAGCGUCCUAAGCCCAACACAUUCAUCAUCCGCUGCCUGCAGUGGACCACUGUCAUAGAGCGCACCUUCCACGUGGAUAGCCCCGAGGAGAGGGAGCAGUGGACGAAGGCCAUCCAGGAGGUGGCUGAUGGGCUGCAGAAACAGGAGGAGGAGAGGAUGGACUCCUCACCAGACCCCAUGGACAUGGAGAUGUACCUCACCAAACCAAAACUUAAAGUGACUAUGCCUGACUUUGAAUACCUCAAGCUCUUGGGAAAAGGCACUUUUGGGAAGGUUAUCCUGGUGAAGGAAAAAGCCACAGGAAAAUACUACGCUAUGAAAAUCCUCAAGAAAGAAGUGAUUGUGGCGAAAGAUGAAGUAGCUCACACGCUCACUGAAAACAGAGUACUGCAGAACUCCAAACACCCCUUCUUAACGGGUCUGAAGUACUCCUUCCAGACGCCGGACCGCUUGUGUUUCGUCAUGGAGUAUGCCAAUGGAGGAGAGCUGUUCUUUCACCUAUCACGAGACCGUGUGUUCUCCGAGGAGAGGGCCCGGUUCUACGGAGCGGAGAUCGUGUCGGCGUUGGACUACCUCCACUCGGAGAAGAACGUGGUUUACAGGGACCUGAAGCUGGAAAACCUGAUGCUGGACAAAGACGGCCACAUCAAGAUCACAGACUUUGGCCUGUGUAAGGAGGGCAUCAAGGACGGGGCCACCAUGAAGACCUUCUGUGGGACGCCAGAGUACCUGGCCCCCGAGGUGCUGGAGGACAAUGACUACGGUCGUGCUGUGGACUGGUGGGGUCUGGGUGUGGUCAUGUAUGAGAUGAUGUGUGGUCGGUUGCCCUUCUACAACCAGGACCAUGAGAAGCUGUUUGAGCUGAUCCUGAUGGAGGAGAUCCGCUUCCCUAGAACCCUGGGGCCCGAGGGAAAGUCCCUGCUCUCUGGCCUGCUCAAGAAGGACCCCAAGCAGAGGUUAGGUGGAGGGCCUGAUGACGCCAAGGAGAUAAUGCAGCACAAGUUCUUCGCUGGGAUCGAGUGGCAAGACGUGUAUGAGAAGAAGCUGGUCCCGCCCUUCAAGCCCCAGGUCACCUCGGAAACAGACACCCGCUAUUUUGAUGUGGAGUUCACCGGGCAGACCAUCACCAUCACGCCUCCAGGACAAAAUGACAGCAUGGAGUCUUUCGACAGCGACAGGAGACCCCACUUCCCCCAGUUCUCCUACUCUGCCAGUGGAACAGCCUGAACCUAAACCGAAGCCUAGACCCCCUACCCUUUCCUCACCCUCUUAUAGACCAUACUGCUCUCACCUUAAUGCCCCAAUCUCUGAACAGACCUCAUCCUGAUAGGCCAUCUAGGACCUCACUCAUGUUUAUCUUCUUUUUUGUCUGUUUGUUCUGUAAUUGUUGGGGCACAUCUCAAUUGUCUAGUGUGGCUUCUUAGCCUGUUCUCCUCUUCAGAUGAGUCCAGGGGAGGAGAGGAGAUGAGGAGUGGAAGGCCACUUUCGACUAUUGAGUCUCCCUUGUUGUCACCAGUGUUUCAAAUACUGUACUUGUGUUGCUUAGAGGGGAGGAGUCGGUUGCCUGCCAAUAGGAACACACUUGGACUAGAGGUCAAAAGUCACUAAGAUACAGUGGUGACCGGCCAACCUAAUUCUUCAUGGCAACAUGAUUUCCUGUCAAUGAUACAUAUGCAGCUAGCCUCAAAAGAGAAAAAGAGAAGCACAGUUAUAAACAAUCUUUGAAAAUGAGCUUUUUAAACGGUACACUAUCUAUUUCUACAAAUUAUUAGCUUUAUAUUUUGAUGGAGCAAAAGAAACAUCAUAGCGUGAUCUUUUGAAAUUGUCCUCCUUCUUCCCAUCUUCUACUAGCCACCACUGCCAUUGUGCUCUCAAAGACUCACAGAUAUUCAGAGGUUUGUGAGAGGUAACACUAAAGCUCCACACCUGGGUUGUGUUCAGUAGGGCACCACAAAGCAAAACGUUUUGAAAUAGAAAAUGAAAAUAUGUGUUCUUAUUAAACAAGUUCCCGUAGCACAGGGAUGGGCAACUUUGGUGAGGGUGGGGGCCACAAAAAAACGGGACUCAUCACGAGGGGCAGUGGCUCGCGGGUCUGCUUACCCAAAUCCAUACCCACACAUGCAGUCAGUCCGGCCCUAGCCUUUUGAGGGGCCCUAAGUUAGAAUUGCAAUUCUACACAAUUUUGCCUAUGGGAGGAGAGAGAAUUUUUCAGUUUUACAGCUAAUUUGCUACUAUUCUACACAUUUUGCCAUAAGGUGGAGAGAAAUGUUUUUAAUAUGCAGUUUUGCAGUUUUUAAUAUAUCUGAGUGAGAGUGACUAAUAAAAUCAAUGGGGGGCCCCGGCCAUUAAAUUGACCAUAAUUACUACAAGUUUAGAUAGCUGGUUAGACUAACUACCAAUCUAUAAUAUCUUAGCUGACGUAGGCUAAUUGAGGGAUUGUCAGUGACUGAUAUAACAAGAGAAACUGCUUAUGCACAACCUAAUUUCAAAAUUGCACCUUGUGUAUUCUACUAUUAUUACUCUAAACAAUGAGAUACUUUGUUUUUGGAAAGCUGCCCAUCCCUGCCGUAGCACCUCCUGUUUGCUUUCUCCUAUUUUGUGACUUCUGAACAUGACCCUGCUGUCUCUCACCUCUCAAAUGUUGAUCCUCCCAAACACACACACCUUCUAGUAGCAGUGAGGACUAGAGUACUGAAAUGGAGUCUAUAGAAUGAUCUGUUAUUCUACUUUUCUUCAGUGUUACUGGCCUCCCUCGCCUUCUGGCCUAAGCUUUCCUUAGUUAGAGUGACUGCAGUACAGUGAAAGUUUGGUGAACGGGGAUCACACCAUCUGUGAAUUGGCGUGGUGCAGAGUGACAUUCACAAAACGGUGUGUGGAUUAUAAAGGACAUGUUUGUGGGGUGUUGGUGUAUCUGGCUACUUUUAUGAUUUGGGAAAUAGAUUGUUUUCAUGCGAAUAGCAAUCUUGGUAUUCCGGUACAACUCAGCGGGCAAAAGUUGCUGCUGCAACCACAGUAGGGAAGAUACGUAUUUUCCCUGAUACAUAUUAGGUUGUAUGGUGAAAUGACUGGAUGUACGUACUUAUUUUGUUAGAAAGGCCACUAUAUCCAUUUACCCAUUAAACAAAUGGGCUCUGUUGAAAUCAUGUGUAAGGAACCCUUUUGUUGGUUUAUAUUUCUCUAUCAAAGCUAUAGACAUAUACAACUUCAAAGUACAUUGAGAUGAGAGAGCUAAUAAAAGUCACUUUUUAUAUCUAGCAGAGAACCAUGCUCGUAGACCUGUUAGCUGCUAGCUACAUGUUGAUAAUAGAAAUCAACUUAAAAAAACAAAUGUGUUUUUCUACCAGCAUGCCAUUGAAUGCUGACACAUGCAUGGCUUUAACAACGGAAGAGUCUGAAGCUCGCCUGUAAAGAUUUUAAAACAAUUUACCAACCAAGCAGUUGCUCCACAACUAUCUGGUAUUGAGAGCACAGGUCACAGUCCGAACAAUGUAUAACAAAACUCUUACCAGCCAUGUUCCAGUACAUAUUCUGAAGACCCUUAGCUUGGUGGACAGUUUCUGUAUACUGUGGGAAGACUACCUGGUCUAAGUAAAUGUAAUUGUGCAAUAACAUAGGGCUGUGAUAUGAGAGGAAAGAAAGAGCAAACAUAUUUGUGACUGGAAUCCUCGUGAGGGUAGAUGGGAUAGGGGGCUGGGCAAAGCUGAUACAAAAUGGAUGGUUUGAAAUGAAUGUCUUUCUUUUAGCUAGAACUGUGACCAAAGUCUUGUUUAGUUUGUGUGAGAUUUACAACCUCGCCCUGACCCUUAACCUUACCGGAGUCGCACUGACUGACAACUGGGGGAUAUGAUCUUCUGAAAGGCAUGCUCAUGUACUGAUACAAACCUUUGGAAUUGAGUGUACAAAAUGAAUGGUGUGAAUGUUCUGUUCUACCAACAAAUUGACCUUCUCUUUGCUGUUAGAUUGUCAACAGGUAGCCUAUUAUUUGUUUGUACGUUUAAUUGUUCUAUUAUUUUUGCGAUCCUUUCCAGUUAUUGGGUGUUUUCUCCCCAAUGCUUUUAGCAACACCUCACUGAGGUCACUGUUACAGUACUCAACCCUUUUAGACAGACAGCUACUGUACAUAGACAGUUACUGGUGCAGCAAAACACACCAAGGCUGUGACUAUCCACCAUCAAGGAAGGAUGACUAUGUAUUUGUGUGUGUGUACACAAGCGAUUGUGCGGACAGGUCUGUUAGGCCAACAAUUCAAUGCAUUUGUAUCAGUGAUUUGUCACAAACUCACUGGCUAUGUAUGGUAUGUUAGUCAAGGAAAACAAAUGAGAAUCUUAACUUUUUACAUAUUAAAUCACAAAUAUUUGAGACGUAAAUACCUCAAUGGUCUUAAUUGAAUCCAAGUGAGGGUAUCCACAUUUUGCUAAUGGUAAUUUACGUUGUGUCCAGAUGCCCUAGAUUCUAGUUUUGUUAAGUGUUAAGGCCUUAUUUAAUUUGAAGUUCGUUGAAACCCCUCUGAAUAUAAAUUAUUUAUUUAGGAAAUGGUUCAAAAUGUUCACUGAACAAUACAAUUAAUAAUUAAUGUUAAAGAAAUUAUAAAUGAAUGUAAAACAUAUAUUUAAUUUUGUUGACCCAUUCCAGUUUUGUAUAUUUACUUAUUUUUUUACUUCCUUAUUUUGAAAUCAUUGACCUAAUUGUUGCUUAUCGACCGGUCCUUCCCUGGUGAUUCACCAUGUAAGUUGGGGGGGUAAGAAAAUGUUAAAGAAUUUAUAUUUAAGUUAUUUCAUUCCCUUUGAUGCCCCCUUUGUAGAUGAGAAACUGAACAAUUGAAUGCACCAGCUUUUGUGAACAAAGAACCAGUGUAGGCUGCUGAAGGGAGGACGGCUCAUAAUGGCUGGAACGGCGCUAAUGGAAUGGCAUCAAAUACAUGGAAACCAUGUGUUUGCUGUAUUUGAUACCAUUCCACUGAUUCCGCUCCAGCCAUUACCACAAACCAUCCUCCCCAAUUAAGGUGCCACCAACCUCCUGUGCAAAGAAUGUUUUCCUUUGCUGUGUGGGCAUAAAUGUGGCAUUAUUUUUCAUUGGGAUUCAGAAAUAAAGACUUUUUGGACAAAUA